CAAGAGGUCAAUUUCACUGCAAGAUUGGCCCUUUCUGUGCCCUGUAUAACCCACUCCUAUCUAAAUCUGUGAGACAGCCGGGUGAGCCAUGGCUGAGGGUGGCCCAGUUGACCGUGAAGAAGCGGUGUACAUGGCCAAGCUUGCAGAGCAGGCUGAGCGCUACGAUGAGAUGGUAGAGGAGAUGAAGAGGGUUGCUAAGAUGGUGCACGACCAGGAGCUGUCGGUCGAGGAGCGCAACCUUCUGUCAGUUGCCUACAAGAAUGUGAUUGGGGCAAGGAGGGCAUCCUGGCGCAUCAUCUCCUCUAUUGAGCAGAAGGAGGAGAGCAAGGGCAAUGAGGAGCACGUCAAGCGCAUCAAGAAGUACCGUGAAGUGGUGGAGCACGAGCUCAGUGAGAUCUGCUCCAGCAUCCUGCAGCUGCUGGACGACCACCUGAUCCCCACUGCCUCCUCCGGGGAAUCAAAGGUGUUCUACCUGAAGAUGAAGGGCGACUACCACCGCUACCUGGCCGAGUUCAAGAGCGGCACCGACCGCAAGGAUGCCGCCGAGCACACCCUGCUCGCGUACAAGGCCGCUCAGGACAUCGCGCUGGUGGACCUGGCGCCGACGCACCCCAUCCGCUUGGGACUGGCUCUCAACUUCUCCGUGUUCUAUUACGAGAUCCUCAAUUCUCCCGAGCGUGCCUGCCAUCUGGCGAAGCAGGCAUUCGAUGAGGCCAUCGCGGAGCUGGACACCCUGGGCGAGGAGUCGUACAAGGACAGCACGCUCAUCAUGCAGCUCUUGCGCGACAACCUCACUCUCUGGACCUCGGACAUGCAGGACCAGGACGCAGACCAACCACGUGAUGGCGCUGCCGACACCCAGCUCGAGGAUGCUCCCGAGGCCAAGUGAGGGGGGCCUCUUCUGCAUCCGAUCCCCCAAGGGGGUUUGUGCUAAUGUGCCAGACCUUCCCGGAGAUCAGUUGCGCGGAGUUGUGUCCUCGAGCCCUCUGCUGGUCAGCUGAAGCGGGGGUGUGCCGGCGGCGAGCUUGCUCCUCAGCAGCAAGGCUGGCCUGGGGAGGGCUUGGGACCACAGCAUCCUUGAGCAUGCAUAAGACUGUCGGAUUUUGCGGCAGUGGUGAGGUGGUGUCGUCUCUGUUCCAACAUAAAGACCGCACGUGCAAAGGUGGAAUGUUUGUCGCGAUAAUAGCUGAUUUCUCUGGCAUCAGUGGGGGCAUUGUGUCUGUUGACAUGCGCAUGCAAAUCUUCUUAGCAUUCACACGGUCCUGAAUGUCAUCACUUCGGACCCAUGGCGGUGGCAAGCAGAAACACCUGUACGGCUUUGCAGUCAGUCACAGCAGCGCUGUCACAGGAGAAACACGCUGAUCAUAUAUGACUGGAAAUUGCCUUGUAGUUUAGGGUAAGAGACAGGGUGCGGAUCUGGAACGCGCAGCCCAAUUCUAUCAGGGGUUGCUGCAUCGACGCCUUGUCAGCAAGGUGUUCGGGAUCAGUGUCCAACAGUUCCCUUUUAAAUGUAAUCUUUCAAGCUCUUAGGGCGCCAUCCUGUUGCACCGUUUCGCAGUUGCAUGUAUAGGGCCAUAUUACAACUGCAGAGCAGUGUAAAAUCGAUAAGGACAUAGGCCG